GAACUUUUGCAUAUGAAGAAAUAAAUAAAUAUAAAACCAAAAAUAAAAAUAAAAAAAAAUAAACAACACAGAAGACGACAUAAAAAGAAACCCAAAACAAACUGAAUACAUUUCAUUCUUUUAACAGAAAACAGAAAGUACCCCAAAAUAAAAAGCGAUAUUAAAAAACAUACACAAAUUAAAUAAACAAACACGUAUGAAUAACAAUUAAAAACAUAUACAAAAAGCCGGUGAACUGACUGUCCAAAAUAUGGCCACGUUAAAUAGGAAACUAAUAAUGUUAACAACACUUUUGACGCUGCUGAUUUGUUUUAACACAAAUAUAGCAGAAACCAAUGCUUCCUCCUUCGUAAUGAGUCGCACCAUGCCAGCCAUUGAAAUCGAUGCUGUACGGGAUCAGUACCUGAGUUUGGAACAAUCUUUGUGGCAACAUUUAAAUCGUUCCCAAAAUAUUCGCAAUACCGAACAACAAAUGCGUAAGAUUGCCGAUACUCAUCGUAAAUUCAUUAACGAUCACAUGAACUCCACGUGGCCCAUGGGAAAAUAUGAGAUAUUAAAUCACUAUGAAUGGAGUAUGUUGGAACGUGAUCUACAGCAAAUUGAGACUUUAUUUGGUGCAUUUAAGCGUCUGAUUAAUUCACAAGAGAAUAGUGUUGAUUUCACACGUUCCCAAGAUUUGGAUGAUCUCAUGGAUAAUACUUUGCGCAAUGACAAGACAUUUUCAAUGAGUCGCAUAUUUCAGGACACUGAAUUGAUAAUGGUGAAACAGACCAUGUAUUAUCGUGCCAUGAUGGCCUCCAAAGAGGAAAGAUGUUUGAAUCAACAAUCUACCCAACAAUUUAUCUACUCAUUGUAUACGGAUAUUGCAUUAACGGAACUUAAAGGUUACACAAUGAUGGAAUUCUCAUGGAUGAUGUUGAGAGUGUAUGGCAAGGGAAAUUUCACACAAGAAGCUGAACUUAUGCGUAAUGACUAUGAGAAACGUACUGAGAAAACUGUGCGUUUGUUGCGCGAAGUAAUGAAUCGUGCCGAUCGCAUUGUCUGGCGUUGUGAUCCCGAGAAAUAUGUUAAGGGUAAGAACUACGAGGAGGUGACACGUCUAGUACAGGGCUACAUUGAGAAUGAAGUUGAUAUGAAUUAUAAUCGUGAGUGUUGGAAGACCUGUGAUGACUAUGAACGCACCAAGAAUGAGGGAUGUUUUAAGGAUAAAUUCUGUGCCAGACAGGAACGUUGUUCGGGUCAUAUACAUAAUUGUCGUUAUGUUGAUUCGGAUAUGAGUAUAUGUCCUUCGGCUCGAGACAGUGUUCGCCGUUAUGAAUUUAUUGAAUAUGAAAAUGGUGUUACCUUGGGCAAGGCCUCUAAUUGUCCUCGCGGAAAAACAGCAGUUGAUUCAUGGUGGCGUUAUUUGUUUUGGCAUUGCACCUAUUGUUUCUGUUUGUGUGAUGAUCAAUACAGCACCAAAACCGAUCGUUAUUUCAAUUUACGUGAAACUCUAUCGAAUGUCAAUGACAACAAGGUUGUAACAGGCUUACGUUUUACCAAGAAAAAUCGUGUAUUCCAUUUGCAAAUACAAGAGGGUCAACUAUUGCCCCGAGGUAUGAUUAACGAAUCUACUUUGGCCUGGAAACCUGUAGAUAACUAUACUCUAAAUGAGAAGGGUGUUCACAACAAUCGUGAUUACUAUACGUUAACUUAUGGCGCUCGAUCCAUUGAUUUGGAUGAUAUACACACCGAUGAUAAUACGUUUGUGGUGACGGGUGUACGUUUUCGGGUAGUUGGAGCCCAUUUGAAUUUGGAGGCUAGAUUAAGUGAAUUUAGUUUUGAAAAUGGUCAAUUGGUUAAUCCCAAAGAAAAUAGUUUCUGGAAAUCUAACGAUAACACAGAUGUUAGUGGCGAUAGAAGAGCUAAAAUCGAACUAAAAGAUCCUGAUCAACCCAUACGCACCAUUGCCAAAUCAGUACCCGAUUCUCGUCAUAAUCAAUAUUUGGAAUUUUCUGCCUCAAGUUUUAACAAAGAUGCUUCUCAGUCCACCGUACCAUUUAUAGACAUACAAGAUGUUAUUUCUAAGCCUUCAGUGCCUUUGGCUGGUAUUGGCAUCUACCAUAAGGGUAGACCUGGUUUUGGUGGCUUUUUGGCUCCAAAACUUAUGACUUAUGAUUUUGCUCCGCACAUUCAUACACCUCGUAAAACUAAAAUGAAAUUACAAGGAUCUAUGUGGCCAUGUCUGAGCUUUUUACUAUUCACAUUUAUAUUAAUUUCUGAACCAAAAAAUUCUGCCUCGGUUUCUAUCGCACAUGUCGUUGGUGGUAUUUCAGUAUGGAAAGAUACAAUCACUGUAGUCAGAGAAUCUAUAGCAGCUGUUACGGAGUCCUGGGUACAAGCGGAAAAUAUCACUCAAGGAUCGAAUAAUAAUUUGCCUCAGAUUUUAUCUAGCUUCAAUGAGAUAUUUAGUAAUAUUGAUGUAAUUGAAGAUAAGCAUUCCACACCACUUGAUAAUAUCAAUAACUUAAAAUUGCUGGCAAAACAUAAUGAUCUCACCAAUACAAUGAAAUCUAUAUCGGAACGUUUUCAGGAAUUUAAACAAUAUGUAGUCCACCAGGAUAACUUGCAGUCUGCGCCUUUUUUGGCAUUUGCCGAAUUGACUGCUUCGCCCAAAGUUUCGAUACAAAAUUCAAUGGAUCGUUUGCAUUCGGCAAUGUUCGGUUCAGAUGAACUUCGCUCUAACACUUUUGAAAUGUUGGUGUCAAGUUAUGGGACAACCGAAAAAUGUUUGAAUCAGCAAUCUACACAACAAUUUAUCUACUCAUUGUACACGGCUAUUGCAUUAACAGAACUUAAAGCUUACACAAUAUUGCAAUACUGCUGGAUAAUUUUAAGAGCGAAUGCCAGAGAAAAUUUCACACAAAGAGCAGAGAAUUUGCGUCAAACUUAUGAAAAACGUUUUGAGAAAACAGUGAGCCGAUUACAUGAAGUAAUGCAAAGAGCCGAUCGCAUUGUUUGGCGCUGUGAUCCCGAUAGAUAUGUUGAGGGUGAAACAUACGAACAGGUGACACGUCUUUUGCAGGCCUACAUUGAGAAUGAAGUGGAUAUGAGUUCUAGUCGUGAUUGCAUGCAAUCGUGUGCUGCUUAUGGACGCACAAAGAAUGAGGGUUGUUAUAUGGAUCAGUUCUGUGCCGUGCAAGAACGUUGUUCGGGUCAAAUACACGAUUGCUAUUAUGCUGGCGGCUAUAUAAAAGCAUGUCCUUCGGCCCUUGAGAGUCUUCGUCGUUAUGAAUACAUAAAUUUUAAUGGUCGUAUUGUAGGAAAGGCUGGUAGUUGUCAUCGUGGUGAAUCACAGGCUAAUUCAUGGAUGCGUUAUGUACUUUGGGAGUGCAGUUAUUGUCUAUGUAUGUGCGAUGAUCAGAACAGCAUCAAAACGGAUCGAUAUUUUAAUUUACGUGAAACUCUGUCAAAUGUCAAUAACAAUAAGGUUGUGACAGGUUUACGUUUUACUAAAAAGAAUCGUAUAUUCCAUUUGCAAAUACAAGAGGGUGAGCUCAUGCCCAGAGGUAUGAUUAAAGAAUCCACGUUAGCCUGGAAAUCAGUUGAUAACUAUACUCUACACGAAAGGGGCGUUAUUAAUAAUCAAGAUUAUUUUACAUUAACCUAUGACGCCCGUUCGAUUGAUUUGGAUGAUAUAGAAAUCAAUGAUAAUAACUAUGUGGUGACGGGUGUACGUUUCCAGGUGGUGGGAGCCCAUUUGAAUUUACAAGCUAGAUUCAGUAAAUUUAAUUUUGAAACUGGACAAUUGAUUAAUACCCAGGAUAAUAGUUACUGGAAAACUAACGAAGUUAUAGAAUAUAAAAGAACCCAAAUUGAACUUAAUGAUGUUGAUGUACCCAAUCACACCCCAAACAAAUCAGAACCCAAUUCUGUUCACAAUCAAUACUUGAGAAUUUCGGUCUCUAGUUUAGAAAAAGAUGUCUCUCAAACAAACGUACCAUUUAUAGACAUUCAAGAUGUUGUAUCAAAACCUGCAGUGCCAUUAGCUGGUAUUGGUAUCUACCAUAAAGGUAGAAAUGGCUAUGGUGGAUUUUUGGCACCAAAAAUUAUGACUUAUGAUUUUUCUCCCCAUAUACAAACAUCCCGUUAAAAUUAAAUGUAUCUUACUCUCAGCCUAAAUUAAAUAUAUCUCAUACAUUUUUUAAUCCUGUAAAUUUUAGUAGUUAAAAAAAUAUUUGUAAUACAAAUAGUUUUCAAGUAAAGGUUUCAUUAUACAUAUAAUUAAAUAUAAAA